GCGGGUUCACCCCCGACGGACAACCAAUUCUGUCUCCACGAACAGAACCGUUACUGUUUAAAACACCUCCUGACCCACUCGUCAGGCUGCUCCUACACCUGGAACAACCCCGACGUGGUAACCUACCUCACCACCAUCACCAACAAGACCGUCCCCGUCCCCUUGACCCCGGUUGGGGGAAGUACAGUACCCGAGCGGUGCUCUUACCCGUUGUCGUUCCAACCCGGAAAGGGAUGGGUCUACGGCUCGGGACUGGACUGGGGGGGUUUGUUGGUAGAAAGGCUCUCUGGUGUCAAGCUAGAGAUUUACUUGCAGGAUAAUAUCCUGUCAGUGUUGGGGAUCAAAAGGGGGGAGAUCACCUUUUAUCCUGCUCGGUACGACGCCCUCGACGGACGCCGAGCGGGUAUGACGACCCGGGGGAAGGGGAAACUUUCCCAUCACAAGCUGGCGGAUAGUCCGGCAGAGAAUGAGGCUAUGGGGGGGGAGGGGGGGUUUGGGAGCAUGAAGGCCUAUGUCACCAUCCUCGCUGACUUUCUGGAGCCAAAUAAGAGCAGGUUGCUGAGGCCGGAGUGGCAGGCGGUGUUAUUUGGGGGGUGUUUGACACCCGAGAGCAAAAAGGUCUUGAAUGAGAGUCUAAAGGGGGAGGGGAGGGAUUGGAUGGUGGGGUGGGUCAACCCUGUGGAGGGGGGAGCAGAGUACGAUUGGAGUCCUGCUGGGUUGGUUACUGCUGAGCCUGGGACGACGGGUAAUAGAGGGAGGAAAAGGGGGUUUGUUCAGUGGGGUGGGGCUUUUAAUCUUGCUUGGUUCAUCGACCGGGAGGCGGGCGUGUGCGGUAUUUUCGCCACGCAGAUUGUCCAGCCGGGGGAUUUGCAAGUUAGGCCGUUGAUCAAGGAGUUUGAAGAGGUGAUUUACUCCAAGUUGUAA